AGCAAUUGAUUUAUCUCGAGCUAUCUCAGUUAAAAACUUAUAAGCAUUUCGCCCGACUACCGUUUGUUAAAUUUCCAAUGUAUACUCACACUGUGUAUCGAAUUUAGUUUUCAUCCUAAUUCUCUCAAAGAUAUAAUACGAGUUUAUAAUCAUUGUUAGAUUUCUAUGAAAAAUAAUAUGUAUCUAUUCUCGUAUUUUAGAAUGCUGAACGAAUAAAUUUAAAACCAAGUGACUUAAAUCUAAUUACAUCUGGCAAUAAACAAUCUAUAUUAAGACUUAUUAUUCCAUCAUACAAUAAUAUAAAAUGGAUAUCUGAUUCAGUUGAUUUAAAUGUUGAAGGAAAAGGUGAUCAUAAUGAACAUCUUGUCAUACUUCAUAAUUCUAAUAAUCAUCAACAAAUAUUAAAAAUGGUAUUACGUGUUGAUACAUUCCAUGAAUCAUAUCGUUUACUAUUCUAUUCACCAUUUUGGAUUCUUAAUCGUACGGAAUUACAACUUGAAUUUCAAAUUGAAAAUAAUCGUGCAUUCAUUGAAGUUGCUCAAACACCAUUUUUAGUUUGUCCAGAUAAAUUUGGAAGUGAUGCAAACAAAAAAGGACAGAUUCGUCUUUAUAGUACCCAACAAGGAGAUAAUACAAAAAACUGGUCUAAGAAAUUUUCACUUGAUGUUAUUAAAAGUACUGGUAUGGCAUCAUGUAAAGUUACAAAUGAUCGAACUUAUAUGGUUUGUGUGGAUAUUGCAACAUGUUCAUUUGGUUUAACAAAAAUUGUUACAUUAUCACCAUCAGUCGUUAUUAUUAAUAAAUCUACAAUGGAAAUUGAAGUAAUUGACACAGUAUCAGAUAGAGAACAAGUUAAAUGGCGACCACUUAAUCCUGAACAAGUAAAUCAUUA